CUUCAACAAGCUACACCAGCUAGCUGUAGCUGUGAAAGCGACCAAGAUAUCCAGCUUGGAUUAAACAUACACCCGCUGGAUGAGACGGCAUUCGUCCCGAAAACACAAGAAGCUGCCUACAUGGGUCGCUUGCAAUCAGGGAAUCGCGGCGAAAUGGACAGCUAGCGGGCAGACCAAAAGCUCCAGGAGCCGGGGGCAGGAGCGCCGCCGUCGAGCAUCAAACUCGGCUUCUCGCCGGUCUCAAACUAGUAUUUCUACCGUCGCCUUUUAAAAUCCCCCGAAGCUUGGUUUGUGUGUUAGUUUGAAGAUUUAAAAAUCACAAAGGCGCAGCUCUCUUGUAUAAAAAUAUGUAGGUCAUUGUAACCGAGUUAAAUGGGUCAUCACUGGGUUAACCUAUUACUUACGAACAGCUGGUUUAGCACGAUAGCUCCGCUUACUGCCUCACUGUUAGGGGCUUUUAUUUACUCGGAAUUUCCAAACAGGAAAGUAAUAACGUGAAUGCAUACGCUUCUACGAGUUGCAUUUACUCUGCAGCUUGUGUGGCAAGACGUAAAAAAACAAAAAAAUCGACUUUGAAGGUAUAUUUUCCCCCCCCACAUUUGUGUCCAUCGUCCGCUAGCUGCAAAGCUAAGUUAACUACUAAACCAGGUGAGUGCAGCCUGCUACAAAAACAAAGAUCAUUUUAAGAGUCUGUGACUGUGUUUUUUUGAGUUAUUUUGUUCAUGUUUUGUGAAAGUAAACCAGCUUCGAUCAGUGUCAAGGCAGCUUUGAUGUUUAUUGGUUUAAAUCAGUUAUAGCUGCAUGUCCUCCUUCUUUGCGCAUACAGGGAGCUGGGAGAUAAUGCUGACUGGAAAGCGGUGUUUCCUCCGCACCUAGCCGGGAAGCAGCUCUCUUUUCUCACACACACUCACACACACACUGUGUUUCGGGGUUUUUUUGUUUUUUUUUUUGGUUGAGAGGAGGCAUGGCAUUUCGUGGAGACUUGUUUCCGGGCUCUGAGCUGGGCCACAAGUACUUCUGUGUCAACACUUCCUGCGGAGCUCCAUCCACGGGCCUCAGCGCUACACCGUGCCUGACUGGACCCACUGCCCCGGCGGGGACCCCUCGCCACCCCACAGCCCUCGGAGGUAGCGCCGGCGGCGGAGCAGCGGUGCCUCAGCCCUACAGCAACCCGGCCAGCGAGGUGCCCAGUCCCCCAGAGAUGGAGCCGGACCGCCCGAUCGGUUAUGGCGCAUUUGGCGUUGUCUGGUCUGUUACAGAUCCACGCGACGGUCGCAAGGUGGCUUUGAAAAAGAUGCCCAAUGUCUUCCAGAACCUGGUCUCCUGUAAGAGGGUUUUCAGAGAGCUGCGGAUGCUGUGCUUCUUCAAACAUGACAAUGUUUUGUCAGCACUGGACAUUUUGCAGCCUCCGCAAAUCGACUGCUUUGAGGAAAUCUACGUGAUAACAGAACUGAUGCAGAGCGACCUGCACAAAGUGAUCGUGUCUCCUCAGCCUCUUACCACCGACCACAUCAAGGUCUUCCUCUAUCAGAUCCUUCGAGGUUUGAAGUACUUGCACUCCGCUGGGAUCCUGCACAGGGACAUCAAACCUGGAAACCUACUGGUCAACAGCAACUGCUUACUGAAGAUUUGUGACUUCGGCUUGGCGAGGGUGGAGGAGCCCGACCCGUCGCGUCACAUGACCCAGGAGGUGGUGACGCAGUACUACAGAGCUCCGGAGGUGCUGAUGGGAUGCCGACACUACGGCUCGGCCAUCGAUGUUUGGUCGGUGGGAUGCAUCUUUGCCGAACUGCUGGGACGCCGCAUCCUCUUCCAGGCUCAAAGCCCGAUCCAACAGCUGGAUCUGAUCACAGACCUGCUGGGAACUCCGCCUCUCUCUGCCCUGUCGUCCGCCUGUGAAGGAGCUAGAGCCCACAUCCUGAGGGGGCCGCACAAACCGCCGUCACUGUCCGUGCUCUACAUGCUGUCUGAUGGAGCCACACACGAGGCUGUUCACCUGCUCUGUCGGAUGCUGGUCUUUGAUCCGGCUAAGCGGAUUUCCGGCAGUGACGCCCUCUCUCACCCAUACCUGGACGAGGGCCGUCUCCGCUAUCACACCUGCAUGUGUCAGUGCUGCUACUCUGUCCCCAGUGGCCGAGUUUACACCCGGGACUUUGAGCCAGUCGCCGAGCGCCCGUUCAGCCACAGCUACGAAAACAGUCUGCUGUCAGUGUGGCAGGGAAAAGAGUUAAUCCAUCGCUUCAUUACGGAGCACCAGCAGGGGAAACGAGUUCCGCUGUGCAUCAACCCUCAGAGUGCUGCCUUCAAGACCUUCAUCAGGUCGACCGCAUGGCACUCCUCCAAGGUCUCUAGGAAAGAGGAGAGAUGAACUGUCCUCUUCGCCCUCUUGGGGAGCGACAGCAGUUUGAUUUUCGUGUUCCGGGACAUCGGAAAUUACAGAAGCGUUUGGGUCUUUAUCUUUUUUUUUUUUCUUUUGUGUUCACAUGGUGGGGAAACAAACCCACCCCACCAUGACAGAGGAAAACAAAACUCAUCUGAGCUCCUCCUAAAAAAAAAAAAAAUCUUCUCAGUUCCCCCCCCCCCUUCUGCAAAUCUAAAAGAAUCUGAAAACUACUGCUCAACUUCUUGGACGACCCAGACAGCAGAUGCCUGAGGCUUUUUUUUCGGUGCUCAAUUUAAAAGAAAUGCUGCUGAAGUGCUUGAGGAGGAAUAAGAGAAGGAAAUAAGUGAACUUGGUACUAGACUGGAUUUCCCAUCUAUGUUAGUAGAGACAUUAAGAAAUAAUGAUUUUAAUUGUUUGGUAGAGUUGUUGCUUAGUUGAUAUUUGAAUUCAUUCCAGCCCUGUGCAAUAUGGUUUAAUUAGAAGAAGAAAAAAAAACCACACACACACUUGGCAUCCUCGCUUGCCAAUCAGACUUUUUUGGGUUCUUGCUGUACCACCAGCUUACCGGAUCGGUGUGUCACGAGCUCUCCCACGGAAACCCGCCAAACAACACCACAACAUUAACCGCCAAAAACCUCCAAGGUUUUCUCUCUUUUUGUUUCUCUGUGAAUCCGGACUGCAUAUGAACACAUCACUCACUGUGUUUUUUUGGGGUUUUUUUUUGCGACAAUAAUGCAAUCUAACAGAUGUAGCAGGUUUCAACAACAGUCCCAGUUCCUCACUGUUUCUCCCAAGAACAGUCAGCUUUGAUGUCGUUUUCUUAUCGCAGCUUGGAGGAGAAUGUUUAGUCUUAGUAUCAGUGUUGUUUGAACACCUUUAAAGGGGAAUCCCUGUAUUAUGAAACAUAGCCACCGUUUUUAAUACAUAUUCUGGGGUCUAAAUGAUUGAUGGGUACAAACACUUCCAGUCUGCGGUGGUGCGAGGCGGCAACAUAAUUCUCAGAGUUUCUGAUUAGUACAUCCACUUUUAAGUGCUUGUUUUUUGUGACUGAACGGGUCAGAUAGUUAUCCUAGAAGUUUUUGGUUUGAUGAGUCAUUUAGACGGAAACAUCUUUAAAGCUUAGGCCCCGAGGAUGAGAGAGUUAAAUCAGGAUUUUUUAAUCACAAACUGAUUCUUAAAAUCCUCACAAGCAGACAAAAGACGCCAAACUAACAAUUAUUGAGCUUUUUUUAUAUCUGGCCUGUCGAGGUGGAUAACAGUCUUUGUUACUUAUGUGAGGUGCUUUUUCUUUUCCCUGCCGGAGGAGAGAAAGAGGAAACUGCGACCCUUUUUUUUUUUUUCUAUUCUUAUUUAUUGAGUGUUUGUUGAAGAGUGUGUGUCUCCACCGUUUUUUAGUUUGAAGCGAUCCGUCUCUGCGGUCUUGGUUACCUCAAACCCUGGAAAGAGGAAACAGAAAAGAAGAAGAAGAAGUAACGUGUGAAUAUGUGUAAAGUGAAAACCCUCCUGUCACAACUUAAAUGUCAUUCCUCCAACUGCUCGUUUUUUACUUCUGCGCUCGCUCCUCGUCUCUCGCCCCGCCGCUCAGAAUCAGUGUGAGGUUUUGAGAGGAGAGAGAUAUUGUCGCUGAAAUGCUGCUGCUUUUUUUUUUUUUUUCUCUUUUGAUUUGUAGUUGUUAUUAAUAUCGUUUUGUAGUUUGAGGCUCCGGUGACCUGUUUGUAAACAAAACAAAGAAAAAGGUACAAAGCCUCAUGAGGGGAUGCACCAGUGUCGAUCGUGUGUUUGCAUGAUCAGGGCUGAUGAUGAAUAAUGGGAUUAUAUCUGAAGAGUGAGGACACGCAGACGGAUCAUGUCGUGCAUCAUUUUUUUAUGUCAAAUGUGCAGCGAGACCAAAGGCAACGAAAUGAAGUUUCCUCCCUGAAAUCAAAGAAAAUCACACUGAUGGCUAACAUGAAUCUCUGUCGUCUCAUCAGAACAUCCUCCGGGUUGAUUGUUCCUGCAGUCAUGUUUAAGACCAGGUGAAAACUGCUGAUUGAUUAUCUGUCAAACUCGGCUGCUAAGAAAUAAUUUUUUUCCACGAUUGGAAAUGUCACAUGCUCCCAGAAGCUGAGGUGACGUCUUCAUCUGUCGUGCGUGAGGAUGUGAUUUUUUUUUUUUAGUUUACUCCACACUUUCAGCUUUUUCUCCUGAAGAGGUGACCAAUGUGAAUCAUGAAGAUCCAUGAAGAAAAAAUAUUUGUGUUAACUACAUUUCCCUGAAAACUAAAUGAAGGCCACUUAUUCAUUUCAUGGAUUCUUCUGCCUCGCGGGAAUAAUCAGAUUCUUGACAAAGCUUCAUGUUUAAACCGUCAGUAUGAUCCUUUGGUGUCUGGAGGAGCUGAGAUGUUUGGGCCCCUGUUUUGUCAUCUCCGAUCACACUUAGAUUUUAAAGCCUUCCUUUGUGUUGAAAUCUCACAGAACACUUGUUUGUUUCUGUGGCUGCUCACUUCCUGGAUUGUGUAUAAUAAGUUUUUUUUUCUCCUUGUACAUGCCCUGAACCUCCAGCAGGUGGUGCCCUGAUCCUCUGUUUCCCUGAUUAUUUUUUGUUGUUGUUGGUUUUCUUUUUUUUUUUAAACCCCUGAAACCUCAGCUCCUCUUCUACAGGAACACAUAGCAAGCCUCCCGUCGAGGCUGCCAGAUUUACCUACCUUGUAUAUCUGCAUGUGUAUAGUUAUUAUCCCACGGAGAGCAUUUUGGUUUGAAUGCUGUGCAAUGGUUCGGUUUGUCGGCGACGACAAAAGCGUACAUUUUGUGGUAAUUUUUAUUUAAUUCAUCUUUAGGAAGUGAUUUUUAUUAGAAGUUUUGUUUUUGUUGUGCUCUAAUUAGAUUUUAAUGAAGCCAAGAGUCGGAAUACAGCUUGACUAAUUGUUCCCUAAAAUACAAGAACAGUGAGCGAACCUCUCAGACCACACUGAUUCUUUUGUUUAAAGUGUCACCGUUUCGUUGUGAUCACAUGACUACAAAACGGCGACCUUAAAGAAAAGCAUUAGUGUUAAUGUUUUUGUGUAUUUAGUCCUCAAAUUGUUACGUUUGAUCAGAAUAAGUUCACAUAAAACAAACUUUCCCCUACUUACCAUUUUACUUUUAACACCCUGCAGCUCCAUUUUGGUGAGAAACCCUGAUGAUCUUUAGGUAUUUGUCCUGUUUGGAUGCCUUUACAAUCACUAAAGAUGUCAACAAUGCUGCCGUUACACCAUAAACACACUCAUUUUGAUCCAUCUGUCACAGCAGAAAACUGAACUCGUUGCAAAAGCUUCACUAACACAAGUAUACUUAAAAUAAAUGGUCAUGAUUAAUUCUACCUUCAACCUUUCAUGGAAUUAAUCUGCAAAUAUUAGAGGAAAGGUUCAAACAAAGUUUGUGGAGUAAUUUUGAGAAACAAUCGUCAGCUUUAGGGAACAAUUACUUGAAACGUUUUCCCUUUUUUGGACUUUUUAUUUGCUUUCUUUUUUUUUUUGUUCUGUUGUUGUGUUUGUAGAGAUCCUUCCAGGUGAGAAACGGAUUUUAAACUAGAUGACCGGUUUAGUGUGUUCAGAGUUCACCUGGCGAGUCUCACGUUCAGCUUGUCUGUUCGGUGUUUUCAACGCUGGAUUAGAACUGACGCAGAGCGGGUUGGACAAAGCGGUCAUCUGUAGAGAUUAGACUUGUUUUUCUUCUAUGAAAAGAAACUUGAUGUUUUUAUUAUUCUAAAUAUGAAACUGAUGUUUUGUCCUUGUUUUAGCAUAAAGGUUUUUUGUUUUGUUUUUUUUGACCUGUGUUCCCAACAAAUACUUGAAUUUCUUAAAAAAAAAAAAAAAAAAGUUUAGAGUUAAAGUAGUGAAUGAUGAAAUAAAUAAAUGGACACUGGAUAAUAUACCUUUA